CUUUUACACUCCUCAUCAAAAUCGUCUCUUCAUCUCACUCUCUCACAUUCACAAUUAAUUCCUUUAUUCAUUUUUUGUUUCUUCCUCUUUCCUCUCCAUUUCAACACUCUUCAUUUCCUUGAUCUAAAACUCACUCAAACACAUACACUAACAAAACAAGUCAACAAAGAUGAUGAAAGUUAUACUGAAAUUGGAUUUCACCGACGACAAAACCAAGCAAAAAGCCCUGAAAAAAGUCUCCGGCCUCUUCGGUCUGGAGUCAAUCUCACUGGAUUCAAAAGACAAAAAGCUGACCGUAACUGGAGACAUAGAUCCCAUAGAUGUGGUGGCGAAACUGAGGAAGAUUUGCUACACAGAGAUCAUAUCAGUGGGGCCCGCGAAGGAGGAGAAGAAGAAGGACGAGCCGAAGAAGGAGGAUCCUAAGAAAGCCGCAGAAGACAAGAAGAAGGCCGAGGAAGCCGCGGCCCAAUUGCUCAAAGCCCAGCAGGCCUACUAUCAGAACCUCUACUACUACCAGAAUCAUCCGCCCGCCGCCGUGGCGCCGGCGCCGUCGUACCCGGCUUACUAUCAUCAGAGGAGCUCCGAGGAGGAUCCCAAUGCUUGCGUUAUUUCUUAAUUAAUUAUUAAUUAAUUAAGAUCUGUGCUUUGAUUUUCUCCACUGUUGAUGAUGGUGCUGUUAAUUUUUUUUUUAGUUGGAUGAUUUAUUGGUUUAUCUUGUUUUGUUUUUGUUCGGCGAUGGUGUAGUUGUAAGACUAGAAUAUCCAUUAUCCAGUGUGUAGAUACCAUAAUAAUAGAGCGGUUUCUAAUUUUA